AACACCAUGAAUUGUUCUAGAAGUAUUCGACUUAUUACAUGAUCCUGAGGUCUUGUAAACCAGAGGAACCAAUCAAGAGCAAGGCCUGGGAAAGAAAAAUUGUUAAAAUAUUCACUGUUUUAGUCAAAAAGGGAAAUUAAGGAUGAAUCCUAUUGUCCCUACAGAAAGCCACCAAAAUCAACCUCUCAAUCCCCUGUUUAUUGUGUUCAGAGUAGUCGCAGCCGUCCUAUCUGGAACUAUCCCUCCUUCCAGAAUUUAGCCUUGAAGUCUCAGACUUCCCAAAAAAUCUCAAUUAAUUUACCAACCCAAAUUCCAGAAAUCCUCAAAUGGCUCUAAAAAUUAUUCUCCUGUACCCAGAAUUUUCCCAACGCCCUCGAAUAUUCCAUUCCCUUUCUUUCCAGUCCUCGACCUUUUUCAGUAACAGAGCCAAAACCCUAGCCCAAUGCUCCAAAAAGAAGAUCAACAAUGGAGGGUUGGCUUCGGAUUUGGCCAAAGAGGUGGCGAGGAUGAACAGUGUUCUGGUGCAGAGAGAGGAAGCAAUGGAGAAGAGCAGAGAGCUGCUGUUCAGGGAGCUGUGUGAGUACCUAAACCUCAAGGCAGAGGAGGUUAAGAAGAGGUGGGGGAAGAUGGAUGACGAAGAGAAGUGGGCUUUGGCUAAAGGGUUUCUUUCAGAGUGGGGUGCGAGUUUUCAUCCACUUUCGGCAAGGUCUGUCAAAGAGUUGGUUGAAGAAUAUUUACGUAAAGAAGACCCUUCUCCAAAAUCUUCUUCUUCUUCUUCUUCUUCUUCUUCUUCUGCUCUGUUUCCUACUUUAAAGAAAAUAAUGGGAUUUUCACAAAACGAAUAGAUUCAUGGAUACUACUCAGUAAUCAGUAGCAGACAUUUAAUCUGUUUUCUUAGAUAGUUGAGCAUGUAAAUCUAAUAUUUGGCUUCAUGAGAAAUUCAAAUAAUAUUAGUUUUAUCUGAA